AUGGCAAACACUUCUCCUGUUAUUCUUAUUCUUGGAUCUGGUCCCAAUGUCGGUCACCAUGUGGCUCGGGCCUUUGCUGGAAAGGGCUACAAAGUUGCCCUUGCAUCAAGAAGCCUCAAAGAAGAAGAUAGCAACAAGGACCGAGUCUGCAUUUCCGCCGAUCUGUCCGAUCCUCAGUCCGUAAAGGACAUAUUUUCGAAAGUCAAAGCAUCCCUUGGUCUUCCAAGUGUUGUUGUUUACAAUGCUGCUGCGACGACUUCAAACGAUCCAGCCAACCCUUUGUCUCUUCCAUUGGCUGACUUCAAUCGAGACCUUCAGAUCAACACGACCAGUGCGUUUGUCGCUGCACAACAGGCGGCUUUAAGUUUCGAGCAACUCCCUGACAACCGGUCCAAGACAUUCAUUUACACUGGUAAUAUACUCAAUUUGACCCCUAUUGCAAACCUUCUAGAUCUUGGUGUGGGUAAAUCCGCAACGGCCCAUAUCAUCCGCUCUGCUGCUGCCGCUUACUCUGAUCGAGGCUUCAAAUUCUAUUAUGCAGAUGAGCGAUAUGCCGAUGGAGCCCCUGCAUACUCUGGAGUCAAUGGGGAAGCACAUGGGAGAUUUUAUGCAGAGCUUGCUGAGCACAAGUUCCAGGGUCCUUGGCAACAGACCUUUGUCAAAGAUAUAGGAUACAAACACUUCUCAGCUUGA